CCUUUCCGCAAUGUCCUUUGGGUCAAACGAGGGCUCGCCUGACUGGGACACCAUCCUUAGCGCCCUGUCAGACUAUGUGGACGUUGAUAACAUUCUAACGCCUACUCAGGUGCCGACGCCACCUCCCAGCACUGAGGUGUCCUCACCGCCGCUUCUGCCAUACCAGCUGCUGGACCUCGUCGUUGAAACGUCGCCACCGGCGAGCAAUCUUGUUGCUGAGGACGAUGUCAUCAUAUCCGUUUCAACAGCUUUCUUUCCCGGCUCUGGACUUCAUUCGUGCCCUCCGGACCUUGUCAUUCUCUCUUCGGAUUCCAUCCAUUUUUUCGUCCAUGUUUCUACUCUACUCGAUGCAUCCUCUAACGCGUUUGAUGGCCUUCUCCCGCCAUCUCCCGGGAACAGGGGUAGAGUGGGACCUUCACUGACGGUGACAGAACCAUCUGAUGUCUUGAACGUCGUUCUCCAUGCGGUUUACGAUAGGUCGUGCUCUCAUUAUGGCCACUCGUUUGAGUGCCUCUCUGCUGCAGUGGCGGCGAUGAGAACCUACGGUUUGUCCUUUCAGCGGUAUAUUUCCCCAUCGACUCCAUUGUUCUCCAUUCUAUUAUCGCAUGCUCCGCUGCGUCCGAUUGAGCUGUACGCUCUCGCGGCAGAGCACGACCUUGACGAUCUCGCUGUUCCAACCUCUUCCCAUCUUCUCUCCUUUCAUCUUCCGUCUAUUAGCGAGGGAAUGGUAGACCGUAUUGGAUCCAGGUAUCUUAAACGGCUAUUCUUCUUGCACCUCGGGCGCACGGAGGCUCUGAAACGUAUUCUCUUGCAACCUCUGCAGAUGCAUACGCCUACAGCUUCGUGCAGUAUCCACGAUCAAAGGCAGGUCGCACGAGCGUGGGCGUUCUCAUGUGCACAGCUGGCAUGGGAAGCAAGGCCAGAUCUAUCAAUAUGGUCGAUUGAAUCAGCUUUGGGACCAUUGGAGGUACAGUUGACGUGUGACCAGUGUCGCGACCGCCUUAAAGAGCACGUGGAAAUUGUUAAAGCGCAGUGGUCUGCGGUCAAGAGAACGAUCUAGUUCUUAUUCUCACAAGGAAGAUAUCGAGGGUUUUCAGAGAAGUGUUUUCUUUAGAUCCAAGCCUUUUUGUUUUAUGUCUCGAUAAGUUUCUGUUGACCCUUGUCUAUCAUGCUUCUCAGUAUCGGAUGCAAUGAUUCUUCUCUACUCAGGUGCUUUGAAGAAUAUUUUGAGAGCCAUUUUCUGUACAUAUUGCGACGUCGGAUACGAAUUUUCCAUUCCCC